GACAUCCCUAGAUUUUUCUCUGCUCUCGUCACCGGUCACCUCAAAACCAAAAACCAGGGGACAAACAGCACAGUGCCGGACGGUGCAUCCGUGUGCAGAAGCGGCGGCGGCAAAUUCCGAGCUCUCCACCGAGAACCUCCCCACCUCCCCGAUCCUCCAAUCCCCGGCGAACUUCUCUUCUUCCUCCACACCGUCGGUGCUCCGCGUGUCAGCAAUAAUGGGGGAGCGGAGGUCCGCUUGCUUGCUCGCGGUGGCGAUGGCGCUGCAGGCGGCGGCGGUGCUCGGUGGGGGCGAGCAGCAGAGCGGUGGCGGGGCCGCCCUUCUGGACCCGCGGGGGCUGGAGAAAUUCGUGGACGAGCUGCCGGACAUGCCGAGGCUGCGCGGGUACGGCGUCGCGGAGGGCGGCGCGCUCGUCGCCGGCAACCUCACCAUCGGCAUGUACGACACCACCUGGAAAUUCCACCGCGACCUUCCGGCGACGCGUGUCUUCGCCUACGGCGCCAGCAGGGAGACGGCCACGGUGCCGGGCCCCACCAUCGAGGCCAUGCGGGGCGUCCCCACGCACGUGACGUGGGUCAACCACCUCCCGCCUCGCCACUUCCUCCCGUGGGACCCCACGCUCACCACCGCCGCGGCGCUGGGCACCCGCGGCGUCCCCACCGUCGUCCACCUCCACGGCGGCGUGCAGCACUCCUCCUCCGACGGCCACUCGCUGGCCUGGUUCACCGCCGGCCUCGCCGCCACGGGCCCGCGCUUCUCGCCGCCGCCCUACGCGUACCCGAACCGGCAGCCGCCCGGGAACCUCUGGUACCACGACCACGCCAUGGGCCUCACGCGCGUCAACAUCCUGGCCGGGCUCAUGGGCGCGUACCGCGUGGCGAGCCCCGACGAGGAGGCCCCGCUGAACCUGCCGUCGGGGGAGGCGUUCGACCGGAACCUUGUGCUGUUCGACCGCGACUUCCGCGCCGACGGGGCGCUCUUCAUGAACCGCACCGGCAACAACCCCGACGUGCACCCGCAGUGGCAGCCGGAGUACUUCGGCGCCGUCGUCGUCGUCAACGGCAAGGCGUGGCCGUACCUCCGCGUGCGGCGGCGGCGCUACCGCUUCCGCAUCCUUAACGCCAGCAACGCGCGCUUCUUCCGGCUCCGCCUGUCCGCCGGCCUCCGCUUCGUGCACGUCGGGUCCGACUCGGUGUACCUCGCCAGGCCGGUGGCUACCGACACGUUCCUCGUCGCGCCGUCCGAGAUCGCCGACGUCGUGGUCGACUUUGCGGGGUCGAUCGCCGACGCGGCGGUCCUGAGCGACGACGCCCCGGCCCCGUACCCCGGCGACCCCGGCGACAAGGCGGAGACCAUCGCGGUGAUGAAGUUCCUGAUCGAGGACGCCGCGGAGCCGGACACCUCGGCCGUGCCGGCGGCGCUGAUGCCGCACUACCCGAGGCCCGACGCGCGCGAGGCGGCCACGACGCGGCGCAUCACCAUGUACGAGUACCAAAAGAACGGCACGGACGAGCCGACGCACCUGUACCUGAACGCGCGGUCGUACAUGGACCCGGUGACGGAGACGCCGAGGGAGGGCACGUCGGAGCUCUGGGACGUGAUCAACCUGACCGAUGACAACCACCCGCUGCACGUGCACCUGGCGCUCUUCGCCGUGCUGGAGCAGCGGUCGCUCCGGCGCGUGGACGAGUUCAGGGAGUGCAUGCGAGGCCGGAACGACGCGCGCGCGUGCGGGAUCGACCGGCACCUCGCCGGCGGGCGGAGGCACGUCGUGCCGCGGCAGGAGCGCGGGUGGAAGAACGUCUUCAAGGUGCGGCCCAGCGCGGUGACGAGGAUCCUCGUGCGGUUCAAGCCGCUGUCGUCCGGCGCCGCGUCGCCGGAGGAGAGCCGCUUCCCCUUCGAUGUCACCACCGGUCCCGGCUACGUGUACCACUGCCAUAUCUUGGACCACGAGGACAACGAGAUGAUGAGGCCGAUGAAGAUUGUGCGUUGAACGAUUCCCAGCAAAAUUUCAUUGAGGAUUCGUCCGGCAAAAAAGAGAUUGAACCUCCGAGACUGAGUGGAGGAUCACUUCAUCUCAAUUAUGCUUUGGUCCAUAAUUGAUUGAGAUGAACUGAUCCAGUUUGUUGAGAUGUUUGCACAGUAGGAGUCACAAAAGAUAUGUCCUGAAUCAAAUACAAUAAUGAAGUGUGCCAGGGUAGACAGCAUUUGUCGAAGCAUAAUUUACAUUCUACAAUGGUUGAUUUUCUAGUA